AUGGGCGUCGACGUUCCGUCCUGGCCACACUUUCUUUUCAGGGUCUUUGAGCCUUUAUCCUGCUUCGGCGGCUACAUCUUCCCCCUCCUAGACUUAAACAAGUUCAUCGUGGACUCAACACCAAACGUCCCAGCGCCAGAGACCAUCCAUCCAAGCAGUGUCGUUCUAGCCGGCCAACUAGGAAACAUCUACGCAGUCCUCGGCCUUCUAAGCUUCCUCAUCCACCACAACACCAACGACCCGAAAGUCUUCCGCAACUACAUCCUCGCCUACGUCUUCAGCGACAUCAACCAUCUCUACGCGACCUACCGCGGCGUGGGCUGGGACACCUUCGUCGACCCCUGGGCGUGGCAGAACCUCCUCACCUGGGGCAACAUUGGCAUGACGGUAUUCAUGCUCGUGAACCGCAUCCUGUUCCUCCUCGGUGUCUUCGGAAAUGCCAAGCGUCUAAGACCCAUCAGAAGAAGAACUGAGCCGGCGCACAGCCGAGAAGGACGACGCAAUCCAGCCGUGUGGGUGAGGAAUCGUUGGUGUGCGGAGAUCAACGCUGCGCUUCUGCUCGGCUUAGUUAUUCUCUCGUGUGUUGGGUGGGGGCUGGGCCUUUCUUGGACCAUGUGA